CAGAUCUCUCCCACAUAUAAUUAAUUUCCGCCACUCUCUCUGCCUGUCAGCGAAAAUCAGAGAGGUUAGGGUUUGUAGCUCCAUUUCCUCAAUUUUCCAAUACUCAAAAUCCCAAUCUAAAACAUCAAAAGACAAAUGGCGCUAAGGAGAUUCUACAGCGAGAUUAGGGGUUUGAAAGUGAAGGAGGUGCCUGACUACGUGAAACCAAAGCUAUCGAUCGACUAUGCGAAGAAAUCGGUGCAGAAAGCUUUGGACAAUUAUCACGCAAAGUACAUCGAGACAGACUCCAUCGACCCUCUCUACCAUGUCUGCUUCGGCGGCUUGAUCUUAUCCUACCUUAUUGCUCUUCCGGAGGAACGUCGCCAUCUCGAGCACCAACAGCACGCCAAGGAGCAUGGCCACUGAUUCAUUGAUU